AACCGGUGCAUGACAGAGCCGGAGGGAAGUACAUAGGGGAGAGUCUGAAGCUCGGGGCGCACGGCUCCCGCACCGGCAAUUGGGACAGCGUUUUGGGAGUGGUGGGAAACCGUGGAGGCACAGAAAGUGAAGGGUCCCAAGAAAAUAGAUAGGCUCUUUCUCAGUAGCUUGCACUUGGGGAAACUUGGGCUCUGUUUAGAUUGCCAGUUCCCAUAAAAGCGCUAAUUUCUUGGGGAGACUCUUGGGGGAACGGAUAAAGGGAGGUUUAGGGGGCCCCUAAGUGCUCCGUGCUUUUCCCCUCUUCGCCAGUUCGAAGAGGGGGGCCUUUUCCCUCGCCCUGGCGCCCUCUAACACUGCAGUGCUCCAGAAGGAGGUGGCUGAGGCCCCCUUGCAAAUCCCGCGCAGCCCUGGUCCUCGAAGGGAAAACUUCCACGGAAAAGGACUGGCCGGGUGAGCGAUUACUCGCGGAAGGUUUGCUUCCCAUUGGGCCAGUUCAGGAAAAAUCGCCUUUGGGGGAGUCUACUGGUGCACCCGAGCCCCCGGAGGCGGGGUGAAAACAUCUCUCUCGUUCUCCUCCACGCUCGCGACUCUGGAGGCUCCUGUUGGGGCCACUUCAGCUUCGCCACCCCCUUGACACCCCACCCCACCCCUCCCCCUUUUCCUGGCUCUGCGGCGGCGCACCGGUAUGGGGUGCCGAAUUUCGCCUGGAUCUUGACGGCGCCGCGGCGGGUUGCAGUGGAACGUGCCCGGUGGGGGAUACGGUGGCGGGGUCCCACUGGGGACCCACGGACCGAUCUAAUCCUAGAUCCUUAAAGGGUGAUCGCUGGGGAGAGAGGGGCAGAGAAGACAGGUUGAGGGGCGCGGGGGGAUUCCAGCAGCGCCUGGUUGGAUAUACUGUUAUUUUUCAGCUGCUACGGAAGGAACUGAGAAACUAUGGACGAGUCGGCAUUUUGGACCUAAUUGUCUCCUUGAAUUCUCCGCAGGAGCUGACAAUUGGUUGGCAGAGGAAAUUCACCAAAAGAAAAAAACAGAAGGAAAGCAUGGAAUUUUGAAUCAUCCUUUCAGGCAAAGAAAAUAAAGGAAGGAGGACUUUCCAGGCAUCUGUGGUUUCAGUUACAAAGCACUUUUCAAAUGCACUGCGUUCAGAAGCUACAUCUGGCAUACAUUUAAUCAGCACAGUUCAACGAACAACCAAGAGGAGGCCAUUUUGAACAUCACUCUGUGGCAGGUCGCUGUCACUCCUGCAGUCUGGCUUGGAGAGUUUCAAGAUGGAUGAAGCCGUAGAGCUUUCGAGUGAUGGAAACUCCCUGCUAAAAGCGGUCUAUCAAAGCCGGCUGCGCUUGACCAGGCUCUUGUUGGAAGGGGGCGCCUACAUCAACGAAAGUAACGAUCGUGGGGAAACUCCUUUAAUGAUAGCUUGCAAGAGCAAGCACAUCGACCACCAAAGCGUCAGCAAAGUCAAAAUGGUCAAGUAUCUGCUGGAAAAUAAUGCCGAUCCCAACAUACAAGACAAAACUGGCAAGACAGCCCUGAUGCACGCUUGCUUAGAAAAGGCGGGCCCCGAAAUAGUCUCUUUGCUGAUAAAAAGUGGCGCCGACUUGACGCUGCAAGACCACUCGAGUUAUUCAGCCCUGGUUUAUGCUAUCAAUUCAGAGGACAAAGAGACCUUGAAGGUUCUCCUCAAUGCUUGCAAGGCGAAAGGGAAAGAGGUCAUCAUCAUCACUACAGCCAAGUCUCCCUCGGGCAGGCACACUACCAAGCAGUACUUGAAUGUGCCUCCUGGGGACAUGGAAGGAUUUCACUCUCCAACUUCCUGUACUACCCCUUCCGAAAUAGAGAUUGAGACCGCUUCUUCUCCCCACGCAGGCUCCUCUGACCUGGAUAAAGGGCUUUUUGGCUUUAAAGAUCUGGAUCUUUCAGACAGCAGUGAUGAUGCUUCAGAAUCAGGUUCCCCUACUAGAAGACCUGCUGCCGUUCACAGUGGGCCUAAGCUGGGCCAAGCACAACACUUGCAUUUAGAUCCCCGGAUAAAAAAUUCUCCUUCAGUCUUGCACAAGACUAAAGUGGCCUCUUUACAAGAAGAGCUUCAGGAUAUUACACCAGAGGAAGAGUUCUCUCUGAAACUGAACGGGCUGGCCUUAUCCAAGCGGUUUAUCACCCGACACCAAAGUAUUGAUGUGAAAGACGCCGCACAUUUGUUAAAGGCCUUUGAACAGGCCGGCUCCAGGAAAAUGUCUUAUGAUGAGAUCCAUUCUCAGCCCUUCUUUUCCGAACCAGGCAGUUCCGGCAGUGACCUCCCAGCGGACCAAGACCCGGAGUCAGCAACUCAGGCGAUGUUUGUUUCUACCCUGAGAAAUAUUGUCCAAAGGAGAAGCUCGGGGGCAAAUCACUAUAGUUCCGAUUCUCAGCUCACUACCGGGCUCACUCCGCCAACUUCAGAAGACGGAAAAACGUUUGGAGGAAAGAAAAAAAUCCUCUGCCCAUCUCCACCGGCGCUGGCGGGGGCUAAGGAACUGCCAGAGAGUGUGCCUCCCGGGCCCCUGAGCAGGAGAAAUCACGCCAUGCUGGAAAGGCGCGGCUCGGGAGCCUUCCCACUGGAUCACCCCGCACAAACCCGUCCAGGCUUUCUUCCCCCCUUAAAUGUCAAUUCCCAUCCUCCUAUCCCGGAUGUCGGUGUUAGCAACAAGAUUUCCAGUCUCUUUUCUUGUGGACAAAAGAUACUCGUGCCCACCGUCCCCACUUUUCCCAAAGAGUUCAAAAACAAGAAAAUGUUGUUAAGGAGACAGUCGUUACAAACGGAACAAAUUAAGCAAUUAGUAAAUUUUUAAAAGGUAACCCAGAAAUACAUUUACAUGACGCGCGUGUGUCUGAAAGGCAGAAGGAGCCUUGAAAGGUUGUCUAGCUCAUCCUCCUUCCUCCACGGAAACAGUAACUCAAUGGGUAUCCAUUAGGAGUUGAGCAUUAUUUUAGGCACUGUGGUAAUAAACCCUUAGAUAUAAGAGAUAGUCACUGCCUUUGGGCAGUUCAAACCAUCUAAACUACUGGGGUGUGUGUGUGUGUGUGUGUGUGUGUGUGUGUGUGUGUGUGUGUGUGUCCUGGUGAGAAGAUUUUUCCACCAAUACAAAUGUGCAACUUACCUGUAACUUGCUUAGCAUAGUGUCUGGCACAUAGUAGGUGCUAAAUAAGUGCUUGUUGACUGACUUCAUAGUUAGUUGCCUUGAACACUAAGAAAUGAAGUAACUUUCUCAGAGUGAUUUUUCCAUCGAGAACGUUCAGAAGUAGGAUUUGAACCCACCUUUUCCCGACUAUCAAGCCACUUCUCCACCCACUACAUCACGUGGCCUCUCACUCAAAUGCAGAUCGGAAGUUCCUAUUUCUAAUACAACCUUUCAUCUUCCCUAUAAUAACAUAUAAUAACCAGGUUUAAUAACCUUCAUGUGGUCCAAGUUUUUCAUUUAAAUAAAAAAUCAAAGAAAGUAAAAAGGGCCACAUUGUUUUGCUGCAGUUCUGUAGACUUUUCAUAUUUACCAAAAUAUUUUAUAAAGUAACUGUUCAAGUCAAUGAAUAUCAAAGUUCAUGCUGCCCAAGGUAUAAAAGUGAAACAUUAUGAUUGUAAUGUAAUUUUCUGGCUAGCCUUCCCCCUCCCUCUAUCACCAAAACAAACUAUGAGUAAGUAGGAAUUUAAUUAAAAUGAAAAAAUAAAAA